AUGGUUGAACCUGUGGGUAACCAUUAUGUUAUAGCCAGACCUGUAUAUUCGGAGAAUGCAUUCAAUGAAGAGCAUGAGAAAUUGCACAGAUACCAUAAAACCUUUUGGGAUCACCUGAAACUCUAUUUUAGCUGCUCCCCACAAAGGGCCAAAAAAUUUGCUUUGGGUCUGUUUCCAGUCAUUUCCUGGCUGCCAGCAUACCGCUUCAGGGAAUGGGUCCUGAAUGACAUCAUCUCCGGCAUCAACACGGGGCUCGUGGCUGUGCUGCAAGGUCUGGCCUUUGCUUUGCUGGUGAAUGUCCCCCCCAGUUACGGACUCUAUGCAGCAUUCUUCCCUGUCCUGGUCUAUUUUAUCUUUGGCACAUCGAGACAUAUCUCAGUGGGUCCCUUCCCUGUCCUGAGCCUCAUGGUGGGAGGAGUCGUCACCAGGCUGGUCCCCAAUGACAGUGCUGGAAAUGGAAAUUCCACAAAUACCUCAGCAAUAAACGAUGAGAGGGUGAUGGUGGCUGCAUCUGUAACCUUCCUUUCUGGCGUCUUCCAGUUGCUUCUGGGAAUUUUCCAGUUUGGAUUCAUCGUUAUUUAUCUAUCACAAUCAUUAAUCAGUGGUUUCACAACUGCUGCAGCUAUCCACGUUUUGGUAUCUCAACUGAAAUUCAUGUUUCAGCUACCUGUCCCUGGAUUUAAUAAACCAUUUGGCAUCAUCUACACUCUGGAGAGCAUUUUCAGCCAGAUCACAAAAACAAACAUUGCUGACCUUGUCACAUCACUGGUUGUCCUACUUAUUGUGUUUGUGGUAAAAGAAAUGAACGAUCGGUACAAGGAAAAGUUACCAGCUCCCAUCCCGAUCGAACUCCUUGUGACAAUCUUAGCAGCACUGAUUUCCUAUUUUGUCAACUUUGAAGAAAAAUUUGAAGUAGCUGUCGUCGGAAAACUAGAAGAAGGGUUUCAUGCGCCUGUUGCACCUGACAUAGGCAUCCUCCAGAACUGUAUUGGUGAUGGCAUUUCCAUUGCAAUCGUUGGGUUUGCAGUAGCCUUCUCUGUGGCUAAAGUGUAUUCCAUCAAGCAUGACUACCCAAUAGAUGGCAACCAGGAACUAAUUGCUUUUGGGCUGGGUAAUAUAGUUGGUGGAUCAUUCAAGGGAUUUGCCUCCAGCACUGCUCUGUCAAGAUCAGGUGUGCAGGAGAGCACAGGAGGCAAAACACAGAUUGCUGGCAUUAUCUCAUCUGUCAUUGUUUUGGUUGUGAUCUUGGCCAUUGGGUUUCUCCUGGCACCAUUACAGAAGUCAGUCCUUGCAUCUUUGGCUCUUGGCAAUUUGAAAGGAAUGCUCAUGCAGUUCAAGGAAAUAGGCAUCCUCUGGAGAAAGGACAAGUAUGACUGUGUUAUAUGGGUGGUGACUUUCUUAGCUGCCAUCUUUCUUGGCCUGGACAUUGGACUAGCAACAGCUGUGGCGUUCCAGCUGCUGACUGUGGUGAUCCGCUCCCAGAUUCCAAGCUGCACUGUUUUGGCCAAUGUUGGGAGAAGUAACAUCUACAGAAACAGGAAGGAUUACACUGAUAUCUAUGAGCCAGAGGGAGUGAAGAUUUUCAGAUGCUCCUCUCCGAUCUUCUUUGCUAAUAUUGAAUUCUUCAGAGAGAAACUCAUCACUGCUGUUGGCUUCAACCCACUGAGAGUCCUGAGGAAACGCAAUAAAGCUCUGAGGAAGAUUAGGAAGAUGCUGAAGAAAGGAGAGCUGCAAGUGACACCGAAGGGCUUGAUUUGCAUGGCUAAUCCUACAUAUGAGUCAGAGGAAGAGUUGGACAACAACAAGAUAGAGGAGCUGGACCAGCCCACCAUCAUGACAGACUUACCCAUUAGGAUCAACUGGGGCACUGACCUCCCCCCUGGCAUCACUGUGCCCCAGGUCAACCUCCACAGCAUCAUUCUGGAUUUCUCAUCAGUGUCCUUCCUUGAUUUUUCUGCCAUGACAGUCCUCCGAAAGACUUUGAAAGAAUUUGUCCGGCUUGACAUUGACAUUUACAUUGCUGGGGCAUACGAAGGCCUCCUGGACAAACUGGAGAGAAGUGCAUUUUUUGAUGAAGAGAUUAAGCCAUCCAUGUUUUUCCUCACCAUUCACGAUGCAGUUUUAUAUAUUUUGCUGAAGAAGGACAUAGCCAACUCUCCCAAAUUAAAGCUUGCUGAGGAGAAGGGUAGAAGCAGUGACUGUGUCAUCAUCCCCAGGAACGGACUGCGCAGCCGAGAAUGCACAAUUCCAACAGAAACAAAAUUUUAGACUUAACUUCCUAAGUAUAAUAUCCUCUAGCAACACAAUGUCACAGAAGAUGAAUGCGGGUGCUGUGAUGAGCACAAAGACAGAAGGAUAAAUACCUUAAGAAGGAUUUACUACAUAUGGUUAUGUUCCAAGUUUUGGAAUGGGCUUCUUGGUCUUUAUGUGUCUCUGUAUAUAUAAAUGUAUUUAUGUAUAUAUAUAGAGGCUAAAAUCACACAGAUUUUCUUAUUUCAUACCACAGUUUGUAGACAACCUGUACAGUUACUUGAGAACCUAUAAAUAUUUGAAAUCUUGUAUUGGAUACCACAGAAUAAUAGUUAGGACUGAUAUUUUAUCUUCAGCAUGUAUAUAACUUGAAUAAA